UACUAUUCACUCUCGCCUUGAAAGUUCUAUAUAGUAGGAUUCGGGAAAUAUCGAUUUGCGGAGCUCAGCAGUUCGCAGCAGAAAAGAUAAGAUGAACCAAAUUAGGAGGUACGAUGAGGUGGAAUUACGACCACACAGACUUUAACGGCGCCGUGUUUUUGAUAGCGAAAUGGUAGACUAAUCAGAUUAUGCGACUCCUGAGUCACACUCGCCGAAGUGCAGCCCGUAUAAAACACACAGACUCGCUGUUAGUCGCAGAAGCAGACAUGGGCUGAUAAAGGCUCAACAAAUUAGCGUCAGAUCUUGGAGAGGAUGCCCAUUUUUGUAUGCGAUCUUAGCUCUGGUAUCUUAAUAUAUAGGUAUAUUCGUAAUAACAAUAUUUGAUUUGAUAGAUUUGUUUCCAUUACCAUUUUGUUUUUUCCAUUACAAUUCCAUUUACACAUUAAAUGGUAACACUGUGAUAAUAAUGUCAACUGUCAAUUCUGAAACAAGAUUCUCGACCAUUGGUUCUCGACGAGCGAGCAGAUUGUCAAAAAAUAAAUUUCGUUUCGUUCGCCACUUUGCAGAGCUUGUCUACCUCUCUCGUAUGGAGAAUUUUUUGUCGUAAAGCAGUAAAUUAAUCAACAUCAUGUGACAAACUGUAACUGGCCUAUAAAUUAGAAGUUUCCUUAUUUCAUCUUCAUCUGUGACACUCUGUGAAAUAACAUUUCAAUUCAUGAAUAAAUGAUAAAAACGUGUUAAAAAUUCUGAAUCAAUCAAUAUUUUUGAGUCAUCGUAUUAUCAUUUUUAACUGUAAAUAAAGUGCUGCCUACUUUUGACCUAGAAACUAUACAAUUAACAUUUUAAAUACUUACUGUGGUCCUGACUCAAUACAUUACUGCAAAAACAGUGUUAAUAUUUAUUUACGUUAUAUAAUAACAAGUAUCUACAGUGCUUUGAUUGAGUUCGAGGGAAAGUGUUACAAAACAUCUCAUGAAACAAAAUCAUGCGUCAAUCUAGUCAAUGAAAAUAGCCACACCUGGCGUCGAAAAAAUGAAAGAACGGUAUUAAAUCGCCCUCUAUGGGAGGUUAAAAUGCUCUCAGAGUUUGCGUGAAGGAUGCCACGUGUGAAGUAUGGAUCUGUGGUUCGCGGUCUGGUUAUACUCGGACUGUUUUGUCUAUGGCUACAGAUCAUGCUGUCAGCUUCGACUAACAUUUACAGAGACGCAGAGAUAAAAGUAUAUGACAAUAAUGAAAACUUGUCGAUUGAAGUUGUUAGCGAUAAUACGGAAUUGAAAGAAGAGCUUAUGAACGCCAAUGAGACCUCAGAGCAAGUGUUGAGGCUGGUGCCGCCGGAGCUACACAAGUACCUGACUGUGCACGCAAAGAAUGCUAGUGGAAACAUUACAGAAAAAUCUGGAGUUAAGAACAUAACAGACAUACGUAGAGCCAUACUGAAGGACAACGAUGCGCAGACGAUAUACAAUGAAGAUUUAUUCGGUCCUGUGCAGAAUGAUACACUUAUUAUAGCCAUCCAGGUCCACACCCGCCUGACUUACCUCCGACAUCUCAUCGUGUCCCUUGCGCAGGCGCGUGACAUUGACAAGACUCUAUUGGUGUUCUCACACGAUUACUAUGAUGAGGAGAUCAACGCACUUGUCAAAAGUAUCGACUUUACUAAGGUCAUGCAGAUUUUCUACCCUUACUCCAUACAGACCCAUCCCCACGAAUUCCCGGGGAUGGACCCCAACGAUUGCCCCAGAGACGCCAAAUACGAUGUUGCAAUACAACAGCGUUGCAAUAACGCGAAGCACCCAGACCUCCACGGGCACUACCGGGAGGCGAAGUACACACAAACGAAGCACCAUUGGUGGUGGAAAGCCAAUAGGAUCUUCAACCAGCUGCAGUGUACUAGUGGCCAUACAGGUAUGGUACUCUUCUUAGAGGAGGACCAUUACGUAGCCGAAGAUUUUAUAUACAUGUUAAACCUACUUCGAACCACUGCAGACAAAACCUGCCCUUAUUGCGAGAUAUUGUCGCUAGGGACCUACCUCAAGACUUAUCAGUACCACGUCAAUGGCGAUAAGCGGAAGAAACAACUUACCCUGAGCUACAUUCAGCAAGUGAAAGCAGCGAACGAAGAGAGAAGGAGACGGCAAGAGUCCCAAACUUGGAACUUUCAAGUUUAUCCCAAUUUGUAUUCGUCUAUACAAAAGGUGGAAAUCACUCCGUGGCAUUCGAGCAUGCAUAACAUGGGUUUUGCGUUCAAUAGGACUGUAUGGAACACUAUAAUGGAACUAAGGGAUCUAUUCUGCAACUACGACGAUUACAAUUGGGAUUAUUCUUUACUGAGGCUGUCGCAGAAUCGACCUGGCAAAGAGAAGUUCAGAGUUAUCAUGUGCAAAGGUCCCAGGGUGUUUCACAUAGGAGAAUGCGGCAUCCACCACAAGAAGUCUAACUGCAAUGCGUCAACGGUGAUCAGUAAAGUCCAGAAGCUUCUACGCAACGCUAAACCAUACAUGUAUCCCAGCAAAGUGACCGCAACCAUCUCUGCUGGAGGGGCGAAGAGCAAUAAGAAACUUGUCAAGGGGAACGGGGGGUGGGGGGAUUUGAGGGACCGAGAGUUGUGUAUCCACAUGACUAAGAUCGGUAGAGAGAGACGAGCGACCAAUAUGUCUCAUUUAGUCGACUUUUUGUAAAAUUAUUCGUUAUAGAAACAAAAUGGCCGUACGCGAACGGAACAAGAUUUGACUAUGUUAUUCGUUUUUAUGUUUUAUUGUAUGUUUACAUAUGUUUUUGUUUUAAUUAGAAAUUUUUAUGACAUUGUAGAUGAAAUUGAAGAUAUUAUUAACUUUUUGAAGCUAAAUGCAUAUGUUAUUUCUUUAUCUUUCCUCUGUGGACGAACAUUCUUGUAUAUUGAAGGUAUUUUAUGCCUUUUGUUUGUUGUAAUAGGAACUAUUUUGAUAUGUAUAGCAAGAUCACAGAAAACGUGUUUAUGAACUUAUUAAUUAAUAUCAAUUAACUUGUUAAAAAAAAUAAUGUCGUGUCCUUUUGGUUGGCAACAUUGCAUAUUAAUAUACCAAUCUUGACUUCUAUUUGGUAUUGCAAUGAUAAAAAAGAAUAUAGUUCGUUUCGGUAGUAAUAUAGUCCAUACCGUUUUCUAUUCUUUAUAGACUGUAAUACCUUUCAUAGAGACAGAGAGGUCGGGCCACAGAAGAAUGAAAUAGCAAUAUAUGUACUAUAGCUUCAAAAAGUCCUUUAACAGUGUUCUCUCCUGUUGUAUCGACUAUCUUCGCGGGUUUUCCGAAUUCGUACGAAUAAUAGAUUAUGUUUGGAAUGCCAGACAACUGUCAUUUGACUUUGACAGCUGUUACCGGACGUGUCAAAUUGUUGAGCAUAGAUAAUAAACCGUUGAAAACUCCUAUUGACGGGGAAAAAAUUAUAAGCCAGUUUUAAAAUAUGAUUCGGUAAAAUUGGUCUAAUAAUUGGCCUAUUUAAACUGAAAUUUGCGAUUUCAGUAUUAAAAUUAUGUUAACGUGAAAUAAUAAUUGACUUUAUCUAUAACGUUUUUUUAUAUGUCGACUUAAAAUUACAUAUAAAGGAUUAUUUUUUAUAUCGAAAAUGAAAGUAUAGUAUUGGUAUUCGAUAUUUAUAAGAUUUUCUUAAUAUUGCCAAAUUCAAUUAUUGAUCUUACACGUGCCUAUAAAUAGAUAUGGGAUUAUCUUCAUUUACGCAAAUACAUAUACCUAUCAUCAUUUACUAAUAAUUUGUAUUAUAUAAAAAUAUUUAUGUAAUAUCCUAUGAAAAAAAUAAUAUUUUUUUAUUUUUUUGUAAUGUUUUAGCGUGUGAAUGAAGUAGAUUCUUUUGGUUUUUUUUUUUUAUAAAUGUUUUGUUUAUUCGAAAAAAAUAUCUAUUAGUAAAUUGUGACAAAGGCAAAGUGAGUAAAAUUAUUUUUUUUCAUUUUUUUUUUCUUAUAAGAAAAAAGCUAAUCAUAUACAAACUUCAUAUUUAUAUACAAAUUUUGGCAAUUUGGUAGUGCAUACAUAUAAUCCGAUGUUUAUUUAUACACAUGUGUACUGUACAUACCUACUUAAGAUUGGCACAUUAGUAUUUAUAAUACGAGCCCCAAAUUUAAGAUUGGUUUUGGAAUGGUAUUAUCUUGAUGUUGGUUCUAUUAACGUUAAACAAAAUGGUGUGUUAUGUUUCUUUUUCAAUUAGCAGUACAGUCAAACGCACACGAAGUCACCCAGCGUAUACUUUUGUUGCGGUUGCAAUACCGGCUAUUUUGCAAUGAAUUUGGGUAAGUUAAAGCGCGGUCGACUGUACAUUUGAAAAACACUCGCGUCAGUCACGUUUUUGCUUAACCUUAUUAGAAUAUAUAUCUUGUAUUUUUGCUAAUUUAUUUUAAUUAUGCUUAGUCAUUUAUUUUAGAGACGUAUAUAAAAAUGAUUGGUAUUGUAUAUAUUUUUGUAUUGUAUUAGGUAUUAUUUUUUAUUUAGACUAACGUGAGAAAUAGACAUUAUUUAUAAAAAAUGUCACUGAUAUGUACCUAUUAUCGGAGAUGUGAACAAUAGUUGACUAUUUGGCAGCGGCGCGGGUUGAGUGAUCUCGUAAACAGAUCGAUAGUCGACAUCUCGCGUCAUUAAUUACAGGUCAGUGACUCGUAAUUUUUUAAUGUAACAUUUUAUAUAUAGUUGAUAAUUUUGUUUUUGUUAUAUAUUUUAUGGAUUUUUUCGUUUUAAAUCUUGCUUGUAUAAAUCUUUUUUUUAGCUAAUGUUCCCUCUACUUAAUGCUAUUAAUUGUUUAACGUUUUUUUUUUUUUUAAAUCAGUAUUGUUUACGCGCAAAAUGUACUUACAUUUAUAGUAUUUUUUAUGAGAAAUAUACAGAAUAUUUGAUAGGGACGUUUAAAUUUUUUUUUAUCUGUUCAUGUGUGACUGAAGAUUUUUGUUAAUUCUUUUUCACGAAUACAAUAGCACAAGGUAAUACAUAAUGUUAAAAUGUUUAAUUUCAUUGUAAAUAUUUUGUUUUUUCAAAAUUCACAAGAAAAAUACAUUUUUUUUUAUAAAUUCUUAGGUCAUAUUUGUCUGUAAGAUUUCGAUAGUGAACUCGCGGUUUUUAAGGGUUGAUUCCCCCACAUUAUAAGCACAUAAUUACGUAAAUAUAUAAACAAACAAUUUUUUCAUAAUUUGCCAUAAUUCAAUGGCUUUUGUAGCAUUGGAAAACCAAUCUAUAAAUUAUUUACCUAAAGAACAAUGUUUUUUUUAAUAUACUACCUAGCAAGUAAAAAGGCAUGCGUCCCACCUGAUGGGUAGCGGUCUUUAGACGCCUGAAUGAACUGGUUAAUGUUUUAAAAGUACUCUAUUACGUGAAUUGAGAUGUUUUUGUAAACAAUUUUGUUUAUUGCAAAUAGUAACUUAAAUUUUAAAGCGUUUUUUUUUUGCUUAUACCAAUAGGCUAUUUUACUAAGUAUAUACAAAAUAAAAAUAGGUACGUUAUGUAUGUGUAACGAAACGCGAUAUUUAAAGCUCACUUUAUUAAUUGAUGUAGUAACUUAUUUCUCAAUUAAGUACAUGAUAAUUUCAUAUACUUGAAUCACUAAUUCGGAUUUGACUCCGAAUCAGUGACGUCACUACAUCACAAACAAGUUCCAUAUAUCCGACAAUAUGUGGACUUAUUAACAGAUAGCCAACGUUAUUGUUAUUAGCGACAGUGACACCAAGUCUAAGCGCUGGUGGUGUAAUGGUUAAGACGCCCGCCUGUGGAUCGAAAGGUCCCAGGUUCGAAUCCCACUCGUGCCACAUGAGUUUGUAUACCAAUCUGACUCAUGUAUAGUAGUUUUCAUCGACCACCACUUGCUUCCGGUGAAGGAAAACAUCGUGAGGAAACCUGCGCACUGGUUGAUUAUUAACUUGUGUGUGAAAUUGAGUAGGCAAUGGCAAACCACUCCAUUAACAAUGCCAAGAAAGUUAUUAUGUGUGUUUAAUUCCACUUAAUGACCACGGCCCUCAGCCAUGAGGAAUACGACUAUGAAGAAGAACACCACGUCUGCAACAUUUCAUUUGUGCGGGCUUUUAUUAUCAUUAUUAUGUUUGACUUGGAGAUAAGUAUCUGUAGUAAAAUAGCCUAUUCAUCUAGUUCAUAAUGUUACGUUUUGACGUUGACAGACAAAACUUUAGACGUUCUUUUCACUCAUACAAGAAAGAGAAAUGUAUAUGACAAAUACACGAGAAGGAACGGUACAGAGCGCUAAUCUUUUGUGGUCAGUUAUACAACGCCCAACUUGCCGCUUUGUAUGAGAUGGGCCAGGAAGUUGUAUGGGAAUGUAUGUCUCUGUUGUCUAAGCUAGCUCGUCGUCUUUUGUUUUAUCUGUCAUUGCGUUUUGAAUUGGUGCGAAUAUCGUAUGACUGCAUGGUUUUUAAUGCAUAGCAAAAUAUGAUUUACUUUAUGGAGAUAAAUAGGAUAUUUAAACGUAGUUUAUACAUGUGUGAAAUAUAAAUAAAAGUAAUAGUUUUAAAAUCACCGGGUAUCCUUUAGGGUUAUUACUGCAAAUACAGUCAGUCUAAGAUACCUCCGUACAACUACCUUCACCGAGCUGUUUAAUGGAUGAAAAGUAUUUUACGUCCUAUUAAAUGUGUAAAAUAAACAUAUCUAACAAACGUUUCCAGUGGAGGCAAAAAUAAAUAUACGUAUUCAUCAACUUAGCAAAAGGCGGCAAAACUUUUGUUUAGCAACCAUACAGUGCUGCACUCUAGCGGGAUAAAUGCGCAGUAAUACUCCGUAUUCCUAUUAGUAGGUAUUCUAAAUCCAUGCGAAAAACAGCUUUGUUUGACACAUGGCAAUGGAAGAUUUUUUUUAUUAAAAAAUAAAACCAUUUCCGGCCUGUUGUAUUACUUUUUAUUUUGCUGAUCUAUGGUCAUAUUAUUACAUAGUAUUAUGUGAUAAAUAUUUUGUUAUGCAUUGAAUCGCACAACUUUAUAUUGAGGAGCGUGUAGAUAGGUUUAAUAUUUUAAAUUUAUGUCAUUUUUGUCCUUUACAUAAUCUUUUGUCAAUAUCUUCAAAACAUUAUAUGAAAUUUGCAAACAGAUAUUUAAAAGCAUACUGCGCGAUUUGCCAGUUUCCAGUGUUCAAACAAUUGAGGUAUUUUGCAGUGAUAAUAGAAACCAUUUAUCUAUAAAAAAUAGCACUCCAUUUUUCAAUGUUCAAUGUGAAAAUUAUUCGAAUAUUUGUAAAAUAUUCUUUGUCUAUGGCAUAAACUUACUGUAUCACGGCGAUAAUAAACUUACCAACAUUCCUUGAUCAAUGUGCUGCAGUAAAACACUUAGUUUUCAUAUCGGUAUACCUUGAAAAUGUAUAGUUUUACUGUCGAGAGCAUUAUCGAUAUCAUUGAUGAUUUUUCAAGGACUAUCGAUAGCGAAACAAUCGAUUUUGUAAUCGAGCCAGCACAACUUUUCGAUGUAAAGUACAUAUAUUGUUAUCUCAUUCAUGUGUAGCCCGACCUCUCACCUUUUUUUUCAUAUUAUUUAUUUGCCAACCAAGUGUUACAAUGGUCUCAAAGUAAUUACAAUUAGUGCUUAUAACUUAAUCAAUUUUAACAGGUAUUCCGGCGCCUACUGUAUUAUGAUAUUAAUAGACAUAUCCAUUUAUAGUUAACCUAUACGAUGGCUAUACGUUAUACCUGUGCAUAUUCCAUGCAAUGUAAGAAAGAGAGGUCGGACUGCAGAUGAAAGAGAUAGCACUAUUUGUAGCUUACAUAAAAAAGUAAAAAAUAAAGUGAUUGAUCAGUACUACAUGUAGCUUCAUAUAAACUGCCUCUAUUAAUUACCUAUUGUUAAAAAUUUUAAAUAUUGUAAUUUCCGGAAGAUAAAGCGACAUUGCCACGUGACGUGACGUGAUGUGACUUUUGAAAACAGUAUCGCUUGUAUGGAAUAGUAUGGAGAUAUUCAAAUUGAGUUGCAAUGACACAAGUGAAAUUUGAAUAUUUGUAAUAAAUUGAUACCGUUUUUACAAGACACAUUACGUCACGUUACAUAAAUUUACCAUUAAAAUUAGUUAGGUUUCUUCAAUAAAUUGCAUCGAACUUCAGUCUAUUGUAAAAUUAUUUCAUUUGUUCUGUGAUAAAAAUCGAUUUGUUGUAAAUUUGUAUAAAAGGGGGAUAACGUGAAACCAAAUACAAUGUUUAGGUGAAAUACACGAAAUUGUAAAAUAUAAA